GUGAUUAAUCUUCAAUCAUAACUUGAGAGAAUUAUAAUCUUGAUAUUAUGUUUGUGUAUUCACAGAUCACCAGAGAUGCGAUAAAUGGAAUUCUGCAUACCAGGUUGUAUGCAUCAUCAUAUUACUGGCUUUGGUUGCAUUCUUCGUCGUCGACAUAAUCUUUUUCUUAAUGUACACAAAGCUUGAGAAUAAAUAUCUCUUGGACACGGCAUCAUUCCUUUGUCUCAACUUCCAAACGUUCUCAAUCAUCAUCUACACCUUCAUCCGUUUGAAACUCUGCUGUUGGAGGGGUAAUCCUGAUUUCCAUGCCAUGCCCUAUGAUAUGGACACAUGCGUGAGACGCGUGACACUGGUUCAAGCGUUUUACAAUACUUCUGGGAAAUGCUACUUAAAAUCACGUUGUUCACUGGCCAUUGAGAUCCUGAUGUUCUUCUUGAUUCCUCUUUUGAACGCAAUCCUACAGAUAGUUUUAGGAUUCUCGGUGUUCUUCAUUGGUUGUGAAAGCAACUGGCAAAUGGCGACUCUCGUCAUCAAAUCAGUCUUGUAUAUCUACUAUGGUUGCUUCUGGUAUGUGGUGUACGUCCAGCGCGUCUACCUGAAUUGCCAACUAAACAACGCACUAGACACAAUCAGAAAACUGGCUGGACAAACAGACUGCGAAGGCACCCGGGAAGGCGCCCGAAGAUUGAUCGAUCGCAUCUAUUCGGUGUUCAACGUUUUUCGAUAUUUUACAGGAUGGUUGAUGGCCUUCACCUUGCUAACUGUAACCUUCCAUUCCCUUUGCUGCGGCAUUUUUUCAUACUGUAAAUCAUCCAUGGUGACCUCAAGAGACAGUUAUUUGAUAGUAAUGCUUUGGAUCCAAAACAUUAUGUUUUUUGUUGUGCCAAUAUAUGCUAUCGGAGGACUCAACCUGGAGUCUCUUUGGAAAAAUUUCCGUCAUGUCCUCAUCAAAUGCAAAGUUCAAGGUCAAAGUGAGUUCUGGAAUGAAGUUUGGAGCUACGUGACUCAUAUAGACACAUUGGCGUCUUUCCUGCUGGUAUGGACAGGGCUUUUCCCAUUUGUUGGUGUCUUUCUGAAAUUUAUGGUUGCACAGAGAGACAGCAUAAGUUUGGAGUACUGGAGUUACCUAUCUAAAUCAUGCAUUGAUUCAAUGGAAAGCAACACGUGUCUGGUUUAGUUGCCCUAUCCUACAUGCUAACUUUACAGGUGACAGGAAAGAAGAAGAAAAAGGAGAAGAAAACAGAAAAGUAUAAGAGUGAGAAAGAGAGAAAAAGACCCCCAAAUCGAGAGGGAAAAAGAAGAAAAGAAGAAGAAGGAAUAGGAAAAAGAACAAUAAAUUUCAAAUGUUGUAACAGGAUUAUAUAUGGGCCUACCACAAAGUCAACCACAUGCUUCGAAUUAUUUUUCAGAGCACGCGUACACUCGCCCAUUUAUAGGUAGUAUUACGGCAACGUCAAAUGGCGCAUCGUAUAGACGUAACUCACCAACCGACGGUAUUGGUGCCGCCGCGCGCCGCUGUCAUUGCAAAUUUCCGCACAUCCAUGUAGCUAGUUGAAUAAGAGAUAAUUGCAACUGUACAGCCGAAGUUGCUCCUGAUUGGUCAGUAAUUUCAUUGAGGUCCAAACAGUUCCCUCCUUGGAUGGAAAUAUUUGGAGCUCCAUGAUUAAUUUUGUUUAAUCUAUGACCCCAGUCGCGUAAGCAUACCACUCGCGUGUCACAACUAUUCUCUCUCAGUACGCUCUGCACUCACCCACAAGUUGGCGCCUCAGAAACGGCGCCGCGUCGUCCAUUAUCCUGUACACAUGUCUAAGCUGCUUUUUUGGUCGGCGGAGUUUGCACGUUAUGUGGAAGAGGUGUACAUAUAAUACUUAGGUGUGUAAAUAAUUUUGUAGACAACUUGGUGAAAUUUAAUUGAUAAGAUUUCAAGUGUAGUGACAUCUCCAACAUAUAUUAAUGUGAGGUACCAUUUUUAUGAAAGAAAUGUUGAUAAAAGAGGUUAUU